AAAAGCAGAAAGCAAAAUGUACAUCGUCAGUUGGGGAGCAGCAGUUGCUCGGCGUGGUUAUCGUUUGUGCUUUUCCCUUUGUGCUUUUUGGCACGUGGGACAAUUGCCAAAACGGGUUCUCUAAAUAUAGAAAGCACUACCAAAAAAGAUCAUUUAUUGAAGGCGGCCAUGAAUAGUGCAGUACCGCCCGGCGUGGUAGGACUACCCUAUCGAUUUUCGGAUGAGCGUACGGUCAAGUUCGUAGAGCUUUACGGCCGGGAGCCUUGUCUUUGGAACAAACGACCCUAUUUGCGACGAGCUCGAAACGCCGCCUAUCGGCGAAUUCAAUCCGGGAUCAAUGCUGAUAUAGAGCCAUACGAAUCAGGUCUUACCAUACAGGGCGUCAAGAUGAAGAUCAAGAAUCUCCGUACUGGGUACCACCAGGAGCUGAAGAAGAUCAGAACUAUUGCGGGAUACCAGCCAAAGACGCCCUGGUUUGCCCCACUUCACGGUUUCUUGGCAGAGUUCUUGGACACGAAUGAGUUGGAUACAGCAACCACUCCACAACUUAGGCGUCUGCAGAUUCGACUUACCAGAAUGAAGCCGAUUAAGAUACAGACUGAGAUUAAGCCUGAUCCAGAUGAUUUUUGUGCCACCGAGAGGCCAUUGGAUCCUACACCCUCGUCCUUAUUUACUGUUUUGCCAGCACCCAUGACCAUGGACCAGCCACCCACUCCACCGCCUUCCCUGCCCAAGAUCGGAGACCUCAACUCACCAGGACUUCCAGCCCCAGUUCCUGUUCAAAUGCCCCUGCCCCUGUCCACAGCCUGCUCCAUUUCUGAAAAGAGUGAGGUCCUUGGAUUGGGUCUGGGAUCAUCGGCAGCUGGACGGGCGAAUGGAGUUGGACUCGGAGUUGGAAUGCGAGGCGAGGACGAGUUCACCUACUUUGGUCUGAGCGUUGCCGCGCAAAUCCGGAAUAUGCCAUUGGCUAGUGCGAUGGUAAUGCAGUCGAAAAUCCAGUAUAUGCUCUCUAUGGAGCGUCGUAAGAUUAACGGCCAUCCUGGCGAUAUGGAUAUAUUAUUUAACUAAAAUCUAAGUUUCUUUAGUAAACUAUGGAGAUUACAUUCCUUUAUGAAUCUGUGAAUAUGGUUAUACGUUAUCUACUUGUAUAAUUUGGCAGAAAAUCUUUAAUUGUUAAAUUAGGCAGACUUAAGUGCUGUGUUCUUGUUGGAGAACACUAAGUAUCAUGUUGCACUAAACUCAAAUGCAAAGCAUUCUCAUUUUAAAUAUAAGUUACAAAAGAAAAUGAACAAGGGAAAAAUAAAAGUUAUGUUCAUAUCACAUCAUUCAAAGUCUAUUGUUUCAUCUAAGCAAAAGUAAAGACUUUCAAUUUAAAUUGAAAUAAACGUAUAUUAUGUAUUGACAUCUGUAAACCUCACAUCAGUCAAAAAAAAAAUAUACUCAAAAUAAUAUAAUUUGUCUUAACGAUAACAUACUCUGUACCCCCGACUUUUCAUUUAAGUUGGUUUAUCUAGUGGCUUCCAUUUGCGAGCGUUUACUGUGAGGACGGAUGAAGAAAAGCAAGGCGUAAAAAUGCAAGUGGGAGAAAGCAAAACUGUACUGUAAAGCAAGGCAACUAAGAGAGCGAACCACCGAAAAGCGGCUCAAAUGAACUAAACUUUCGAGCUUUUAUGAUUCCUAAGAUCUCGGCGUUCAUACGGACGGACAGAUGGCCAGAUCGACUCGUAUAUAUACUUUAAUUAAUAAUAAAACUAAUUUCCAUUGUCUCACACCUCGACAAUGGAAACAGUUUAUCAUGUUUUUAAUAUUAGUCAUCAAAAACGUUUUAAUAACUCAAAAGUCCAACUAGGCUCUAGGACCACCAUCGAUUGAAAGAACUUGCACUGUAGUCUGCCCACAUAUGCUUGUUGCAGUUUAGAGCCCCGCUUUAAAUUGGGUCACAAGGGAGUGAGUCCUGUUGCUCUUGUUGGUUUUGCCACUGCCUGGUGCUGCAACAAUAGGCCCCACGGAAUGUGCCGAAGAUACAGAUACUGAACUUGGCCGUGGAGGCCGAUGGGGCAUGGGGCGUAUGGUGUAUGGUGUAUGGCGUGGGGCAUUCGGAUUUGCACUCCCAUCCCGUGCUCGUUGUUGCUAGCGACCGGCAAGCUCUAUCCAAAACACACACACUAACAUACUAACAAAACAACAAAGCGUCGCCGGGCCAUCGCCAACCGUAUUAUUUAGCGAGUUGCUCCCCAGAUUUUCCCCCGAUUUCCCCUUUUUGGCGCACAUGCAGCCACAUCAGCUGUUCGCCAGAAACGAACCCCGUGGAAGGUGGGAGCACAAAACAGAAACAGAAAUCGAAAGAGAAUCCGAAUCAUAAAGGAAGGCGAUAUAAGUGAAUCGAGGUGUACCUCAGGUUUUCAUUUCACCUGCUGUGUUAUUAAAAGCUUACGGAACGCACUUGAUUCAAGCUGUAAACUAGGGACUAUUUACUGUUUAAUCUCCGAUCCUUCAGCAGCACAAAACUCAUCUCUAAAAAAUCAAACAAUCAACUUUGCUUUACUUCUUGAUAUGCAUAAAAGGAAACCCAGACUAACUAAAAUUUUCUUUGAAAUUACCUUUUGACUUUACGGCAUGAACAAUUGCAAGGGGAAAUCAUAGCUCCGUUAGCACCAUUUUUUUUCCUACUAAACGAUCCCCUACAAAAAGUGGCGCCAAAAAGAUAUCUUCGCUCAGAGCCGUAAGACCCUCAAUAAAACGUAAAGGCAAACCGAAGUGCAUUUAGUCCAUAUGCCAAGCAUAUUGGUUCGAGUAGGUUGGGCAAAAACGAUGCAACGUUGUGGAGCGGCAACAACAAGUGCCCCGUGUGCCAUAUACCGUGUCCCCUGUUCCUGCGUUGUUUGCCUGCAUCCUGCUGCGAGUACUUCAGUCUCCUGAUUGUCUGCACAAGGAUAUGCCAGGAGUGCUCAUGUGUGUGUGUGUGCGUGCUGGCAACAUUCACUUACUCAAGGCAUAUCACGCAGCUCAGUUCCAUGAAAGGCACAAACUGCUCGACCCUGCAAUCCGCACAAAUUCGUCUACUAAACCGAAUAAAUGUGAAGCCGGAGUCCAUAUUCUUGUGUGGCAUGUCCACGUCCAGGCAGCAGGAAUCAACCUAAGCGGGGUCGGUAAGAGGAAUGUGGAGAAAGGAAGACCCAGACACACCAAGGAUCUCAAAGAGGAAUGCUUAGUACACACAAAAAGGUCCGAGGCCGUCACUAUGCUACUCUUCAGCCAUUACCAAAAUGAAAAGUUGCAGCAGAAUGUGGCAGGAAAGAAGCAUGUGUUCCAUAGCUCAUUCUACUUUAUGCUCGAUGAUCCAAUGCGCUCCCUAAAGUUUCAAUAAACCUUAUUCCAAUUUAUUACAACUUAGCAAUUAGUUAAAAAUAAAAAGAAUAUAUAAUUUA